GGUGAAACACCCUAUUAUAAUUUUGAUGAUAAUGAAGGCGAUAAAAAAAUGUGUAAUUCAAGCAUGGUAGAAUUCGAAUGCGCCUUUCAAGGAAUGCGAAAUGAAAAAAAAUGGAUUUUGAAAUCAGGCAAAUGUGUUGAAGACGAGCUGUAUGCUUUUGGAAAAAAAUGCCAGUUUGAACACUUGACACAUUCUUUCAUUAUCGACCCAGAUGAUGAAACCUACAUUCAAAAUAAUAUAUUUACCUCUGAAGAACUUAGCGAAAUUCAACACAACCGAAGAGUACUUGAUACGAGACAAGACUGGGAAGGCAGAAACUUUGAUAGGACUAAAUACUUUAAUUUUGACUGGAUAAAAAACACCAUUCACAAUUUAUUGUUAGAAUUCGAAUCUGGCACAUUACAGCAAGAUCACUUGGAAGCAUGGUAUAAUAUUCAUGUUUGGUCUUUUAUAGAUAAAUCUUUCAAUGAAUUAGAAGGGAUAGAUGUUUCCAGAGGUGAAUCGUGUAGCCUUGCUUCGUCCAAACGUAAAAAUAAGAAAAGAGUAAUUCAAGGAUUAGUCGAAACAGCACGAAAAGCACUUGGGAGAAAAGGUGAUUUGAUCUUAAGGAAAGGAGUAUAUGAAUAUGGUGCUUCUGAGGUGGGAAAGGACUAUGAAGGAGACAAUGGGACGAAAUUACUUAAAGAAAGGGGACUAAAAAGUCCCAAGAUGCUUAAGGACAUGCUUGUUGACUUGGGUAAUUUCAUUAAGUGGGAAACAAACAAGUUACGCCAAUUAGAGCUAGUUAGCUUCAUUCAUGCUGGUCUUUUUAUGAUGCUAUUACGUAUGGAUGCUCCUGCAGGUUACGUUUGUAGAAUAACGAGAACAGAUACUUUAGAAAUACCAACAAAUGUUAAAUGUUUUGAUAAAGCUCUCAAAUGUAUGGUUUUGACUUGGAAAGCAAAGGUGAUUAUCUGUAAAACAAUCGAUGUUGUCGAAAGAACAAAUGAUGACGAUGAUGCAUUGGAGGACUUGCAAGAAGCUGGUAUCCGUAAGAAUAAGGAUCUGGUUAUUCCUAACUGUGUUCAGACGCCAUCUAAAAAGCGGACACAAAUAUGUUAA